UACUUCACCCGGAAAAGGAGGGCCAAAGGAAACGACAACGAAGAAAUUGUUGUGUACUGUUCGCACAAUAGUUUAGACAUUAGUUAUCUAUUUUUGAUAAUCCAGCAGGUUUCUAGCCUUCCACCCGUUUGAGGUUCACGUGCAGCCGCGUUUGGCCUCGUCGAGCUCGCGGUAGAGAUGUCGGUCGCGCCCCCCAGUCGCUCGAACGCCGGCUGGCCGCGCGGAGGAGCCGUUCAGUUCGGGAACAAAUACAUCAGCGGGCCCGCGAAACCCCUGUCUCUAGAGAGGACCAUCAACCUAUACCCUCUAACCAACUACACAUUCGGCACCAAAGAGCCCCUGUAUGAGAAGGACAGUUCAGUGGCCGCCCGGUUCCUGCGGAUGCGGGAAGAGUUUGAGAAAAUGGGAAUGCGGAGGACAGUUGAGGGCGUUCUCAUCGUCCACGAACACAGGCUGCCUCAUGUGUUACUGCUGCAGCUGGGCACCACUUUCUUCAAACUGCCCGGAGGAGAGCUGAGUCCUGGAGAGGAUGAAGUGGAGGGUCUGAAACGCCUGAUGACAGAGAUCCUCGGACGGCAGGACGGCGUGAAGCAGGACUGGGUGAUCGACGACUGCAUCGGCAACUGGUGGCGCCCCAACUUUGAGCCUCCACAGUAUCCAUAUAUCCCAGCACACAUCACCAAACCUAAGGAGCAUAAGAAGCUGUUCCUGGUUCAGUUGCAGGAAAAAGCGCUGUUUGCUGUCCCCAAAAACUAUAAACUGGUGGCAGCACCGUUGUUUGAAUUGUAUGACAACGCUCCUGGCUAUGGACCAAUCAUUUCCAGUCUACCACAGCUUUUGAGCAGGUAUAGUUUGUGUCACUGUGUAAGUAGCUAAGUGAGACACUGGGUUUUUUUUUUUUUUUCUUCUGUUGAUUGUGCCUGUGGUUGAAUUAAAAACUGAAGGGCUGGAUUAGAAUAUAGUUAUGUGAACUGUCUGUCAAGGAUGUAAAAUUGUCGACAAAACCUGUACAACCUGUAACUUUUAUAAAAAAAAAAAAUUAAAUUGGCAUGUUUUCUUUCAUGUUUGGAGUGUAACAUAAUAAACAUUUUUAUCAACACCAGUUUACACAGUGAAAGCCCAAUGAAUGUAAAGACUACUAAAGAGCUUUCUCUGAUAGUAUUCUUCUGAAAUGUCAACACUUGAGACACGUACACACAGUUUUUGCAGAUGAAGAUUGAAGGCAGCUGAUGGUUCUUAAGAAUAACAAACAUGCAGGGCAGUGUGAAGGGGUUUGUAGGGUGUUACCGAACAGUUUGAAGCUUCACUCAAAACGUUCCCAUUCUAAAUCAACAAUAAAAUGCUGCGUUGCUUUUUUCUUUUUUGCAUGUCUAUUAAUUCUGUUUAAAGAUAGAAUCGGAGGGAUGAAACCCUCUUUAAUGGUCACACAUGCAGAGCACACACAGUGAAAUUUGUUCUCUGCUUUUAACCCAUCCUAGUACCAGGACAGGAGUCUAGUAUAGGAGCAGUAAACUCGGUAGUUGUGCACUGUUUCAGAUAAGGAUUAGAUUUCACUACACUUAUGAGUGGUACACUUUUUGUGGAAUUAGAUUACAUGGGUGUAUAGGUGCUACUAACAUGUUUUUUUUUGUAACAAAAUACAGCUUGAAUCUAAAUUUGCUGGCAUUUGGCCUUUUCAAAAACAAUUUUCAAUGCGAUCGAAGAACUUCUUGCCGCACACAAAGGAAGGCACGCCACUGUAAUAUCAGGGCUGUCCAACGGAAAGAAAAUGAAGGAAUUUUUUUAAGAAAAAAAUACUAGGGUGAUGACGUCAUAAAAUAUUACUACAAACAUUUGAACCUUCAAUUAAAAAACCUCAAUAGAAGCUUGCAACGCCACACAUUCAGAUCUGCAGGGAUAUUGUUUGUUUCCCUUUUGUCUUGCUGAAAAGAAAAAUUCUCUUUGCAGCAGAAUGAUCUGAGGGUGCUGGAGUAACUCAUCAGAGCAAAAAAAACGCAAGACUCCUGCAUGAACUCUUAUGAAUUAACACAAUACAUCACCCUUUAAAUAAUCACUAGGAUAUUAAUUACACAUACGCGUGUUACCCUGAAUGCAACACUGCAGCCUAAUGUGUGUGCAUGAGACAGUAGUGGCGGAAGAUUUGAAAAUAGUAUGCAUACAUUUGAAUGAUACAGGAGGUUUUUUAAGAGUUUGAAAAUAGAUGUUUUGAUAAAGUUGAUGUUCUUAAACACAGCCCCCAUCAACCUAGAAUUAUUCAGGAAUUUGUAUGCUUUUUGAUUCUUCGUUCUCCACGGUGGCAUGUGAAAGUUUUCUUCAAGAAUUCAAGAUAAUCGCGGUGAGUAAUUGUUGUACAAGUGAUCAUUUUAAUGGUGAAGUGUUCCUUUAAAGGUGCCCUGUGGGGGUUCCUUGUUUUUAUACAACCACUGUUACUCAAUAAAACUUAGUGUUUAUCCUUAAGAAUAAAUGCAUAAAACAUCUAUUUUAAAUCUGGAUUCAGUUUAAUUCAUUUUGAAGUCUUCUCGCCUGCCUUUGCUACGGCUCACUCAUCAACAAUGACUUCAAACUCCACAGGUUACAUUUAACAGAGAAGAAAAUAUAUAAAAGAUGGGGGAAAAAAAAUCAAUGCCAUGAUUGUGCAAAUAGUCUCUUAAACAUUAACUGAAAUUGAAUAAUUAUAUUUGUAUAGAUUCAACUUCAUUUACAACUAACUUGAGUGCACAGGAGUAUGUCUGGCUGUCUCUAUGAGUGCAGUCCUUUGUGAGUGAAGAUGAGACGUUAAUCUUUAGCUCAACUUUCACAAAAGAAAAGCUUGUCAUGUCGGGUGUAUUUACAUUUCACGGGAGUGUUUAAAUGUUUAUACUGAACAGAAAAAAAACAGUUUUGUAUUUUUUAAUCUUGAGAAACUGCAAGUUUUUGUAGUCUGUAUUCCAGUUAGCUAAGAAUCAGAUUUGAUGUUUCUUCUAAGGAAGGCCAAGUUUGAUUAAACAAACUACAUCCUGUUGUUUUAACCUGUAACAAUGCUGUGUUUUUCUUUCUUUUUAAUAAAAAGUCCUUUUGAG